AUGGGAGAUAUCGAGGAUACUCACUUCGAGACUGGAGACUCCGGUGCUUCAGUAACUUUCCCGAUGCAAUGUUCAGCAUUGCGUAAAAACGGGUUUGUUAUGUUAAAGGCUCGUCCUUGUAAAAUUGUGGAAAUGUCUACUUCCAAGACUGGUAAACACGGUCACGCCAAGGUUCACCUUGUUGGAAUCGACAUAUUCUCCGGAAAGAAGUAUGAAGAUAUCUGUCCCUCAACACACAACAUGGAUGUUCCAUUUGUCAAGCGAGAAGACUAUCAGCUAACAGACAUCUCAGACGAUGGAUAUUUGACUUUAAUGGCUGAUAACGGUGAUCUUCGUGAAGAUCUUAAGAUUCCUGACGGUGACUUGGGAACUCAAUUGCGUAGUGACUUCGAUGCAGGAAAAGAAUUACUGUGCACCGUAUUGAAAGCUUGUAACGAAGAAGUGGUAAUUGCCGUCAAAACCAACACUGCUCUCGACAAAUAA